AAAGGGGAAACUGAAGUCAUCACAGAGGAAACUCCCACAGAGUUCUCGACAGUCUUCAUGAGGACUCAGCUGACAAGAAGGAAGCAACGCUGAGAGAGAGACAGACGGACCAAAGGAGUCUUUAUCAUUUCAGGGCCUGUGACAUGUGAGACAGAGAGAUAAGAGGCAGGCGGAUGUGAGGUGACAUCCCACAACAAGCAGACACUCAAAGAGGAAAGACCAGCUCAGAGAAAAAGGCGCACCUGGCCCCAUGUGUCACCAGGAAUGAUGCCUCUCUUCUGGGUUGUGCUUUGGUCAACGUUUCCUCCUCUGGUUCUCCUCUGUGGUCGAGAUUGUUGUCGCGUCCAUGAGAGCAGCAGCUCGCAGAGCGUGUCUGCGUUGCUGAAAUCCUUAAAAUGCUACAAUGACUACGAGUCCUACGUCCACUGCUAUUGGAGGGAACGUGGAAAUACGACACCACAGCUCUGGUUCAAGAAGGGAAAAAACAAGGAGCAGUGUGUGCCUUAUGGUGCUAAAGAACAAGAUGCAAGUGGCCACAGGACUGUGCAGUGCAGGUACAAAACACGUGCAUUUUCCAUCGGCAUCGAACACACCGUCUUCUUCCUCAAGGACAAAACACAGAGAAAUUGCUCGUCUGUCCAACACAAGCGUCUGGAUCUUUCUCAGCACUUGAGGGCACGCCCACCAGUGAAUCUGUCCAUACAUGAUGGAGGUGAUGGAGGUCGAUGGCUCAGUUGGUCCAGCCCUUACUCCCCGUCCUCCACAUUGAACAGAAACAUCACAUAUCAGCUCAGCUACAGGACAGAUGAACAGGACAACUGGACGUCUGAGGAGGUCACAAACACCAGCGUGAAACUAGAGAAGCGAUUGUUGCUUCAGGGUCACAGGUAUAAAGCCAGGGUGAGGGCCCGGGUCAGCAUGGGUCAGUGGAGCGACUGGAGUCCUGUGGUGACUUGGCACACUGAAGAAGACACUGGGCACUUUCCCAGUUUGCACUGUGUGCUGGGCGGAGAGAAGGAGGUGGUGUGUAGCUGGGAGGUGAGCAGAGAGGUUGCUCACUUCAUUACCUACCAGCUGGCAUGUGGACACAGCCAGGAUGCAAUGUCUGAGGGAUGCUGUGUGAACCAAACCGUCAGCCUUGACCUCAGCAGGGCAGUGGUGAGGUACAGCUGCUCGCUGACUGUCGCAGACCCUGCGCAUCUGCUCGUCGAGCUCCAACCAGCACGCAAUGCCAAGAGUUUUAAGGCCGACCAACACAUUCGUCCCAACCCACCAAGGCAGGUGAAAGUGAGGCAGAAAGGCAGCAACUGGAUCGUGGAAUGGACUGAGUCCAGCACAGCUUCAAAACUCAGACUGAACUAUCAGGUCUGCUAUUACAGGACACAAGAUCAGGGAUCUUCCAUCUUGCAAAACAUUUCUGAGGGGUCCACGUCCCUGAGCAUUCUGGGCGCUUCUCUGGCUCCAUCUGAGAGCUACCAGGUCAAGGUCAGGUCACUGGUCUUUCCUGCUCACUACAAGGGAAUCCCCUCUGAAUGGACCGACCCUGCGGAGUGGACCUCGCUUAAAGCCGCCUGGUCCCAAACAACCCUGAUAUAUUUCACCAUCAGCGUAUUAGUGGCUGCAGUCUUCCUCACACUCUACUGCACCAUUCCAGCCUGUCAAAGGAAGUUGGUUCUGUGGGUGGACUCUGUUCCUUCUCCAGGCAAAAGCAAAAUCCUGUCUGAGCUCAAGUCUGCCACCAGCCGGACCCUGAUGCAGAGUGAGAGCACGUCCAUCUGCAAAGUGCAGCAUUUGGACAGCAUAUCCACAUGCUCCUCAGAUGUUUCGUUGUGGUCAACCAAGGACACUGAAAGACAGCUUCUGGAGCAGGACGAGGGCUGCUGGCAGUGUGACCCGCCCUCUCCUGCUGAAAAGGUUAACGUCUCUGACACGUCCUCCAUGAGCUUCAGCGGGCCGUACAUCUUCUGUCAGUCAUCAAGCCGCAAGUCAGUGGAUGUCCAGUGUGCAGAGAAAGAGGAAGAACAAGAAACACCAUCAGAUGACUCCCCAUCUCCUUCCUCGGGGACUUUCACUCUUUAUGGUGAAGGUUAUGUUUGUCUGCCAAACCGCAGUGUCUCCAGGUCCACACAGGAUCUCGUGUCUCACAGCGACGCCAACACCAACACACACAGGCACGACAGCGCUGAGCAGGACCGGCAGUGUCCAGAUAAGAUGGACGUCCAGCCAGGCCUCAGUGAGCCCACCAGCAGUCACCAACCUCCAGCGUAUACCUCAGGACCUUUCUCUCCCUGGCCUCAGGAGGGCAACAUGCAGGCCUCGGGGUACUGCCACCUCCCCACGGCUUUCAUGAGAGCAGCAAAGUAAUGUGCAGCAUGCAAGCUCAGAGCAUCUCAAGGACAAAGUGUGAAGCUUUCUCAGCAGAGAUUAAGAACAGUUAAUCAAUCAGUAUUUUCUUGUUUUAUUAUAAGCUUUUCACUUUAUUCGAAGCUAAGUGUGCUUCCAUGUGAAAUGUGUUAUUAAUGGGUUUUUACACAUUAAAAAGAAACCACAUUGCUUGGUUUCAUGUCUUAUCAGACCUAACAUCAGGUUGGAUGUCUGACCAAUGGAGGGCAGCAGUGAGCUGAGCCUAGGAGUGCAACGCAAGUAAAUCUAAGGGAUGGACUAAAUAACUCUUUGUCUUUGAGGUUUUUUUGGAAACUUCCUUGCACAUUCCAGCUCAGGAUGAUAUAACAGGAGCAUCCUGCGAUCUAAUGCAAUGCAAUACAACAGCUUUGUUUAAAGGACUACUUUUGUUCAGUCCAGAAUAUUUAAUUUAAUGUUCAAAGAGAUUCUUCAUUUCUCCAGAAAAAGAAUCAUUUACUGCACCUUGUACAUUUCUCUAAGCAUGUACAGAAUGUGCACAUCUGAACACAAACUCUUAACUCUUUUACUUAAAUUUCCUGUGACUCACAGCUGGUGUAAGAAGCAGAGUUAUGUAAACUGCAUUUCAUGGGAAAAGCAUGUAAGUUUAUUGAUACCAUGUUCACUGUGGUUGUGUAUGCGUGUUUGCACAAAGGUGUGUGAGUUAGGACCUUGUUGUCAAAGCUGUAGCCUAUGUGUUGCUGAAUGUACCUGUACCUUAUAUAUAAAGGAUGUUCUCUCCAUGUUGAUGAGCUGAUGCUAUCUUCUGUGCGGCACUGUUAAAUGACAACAGAGACAUUUGAAAUGCCGCUCAUAAUAUGUUAAAGCUACCUUUAAUACAUGAGACGUGCCAUCUUCUGCAGGUAUGUUACUUUUAUUAUCGGCCUGUGUUGAUGUCAGUUGUUGAUCAUAAAUGAGAUGCAAAGUUUGCUGCACUUUUGUAUAGUGAUAUGGUUUUAAACUUGUAAAACUGUGUAUAUGUUUUGUGGCACAAACAUACAGUUUUCAGACUGGCUGUCAAACUGCGUGGCAUAUGCUUAGUUGCCAGUUUAUUAGGUACACCUGGCUCAAGCUAAUGCAGCCUAUACAACUGUCCUACAAUAAAUCCUGCAGUCAUGAA